AUGGCGGCCCCCGGAGGAGGCGGAGAUGCUGGAAAAGCUGUUCUUUCGAAGAAGGAUGUGUUGUCCGAAGCGCAAGCCAAGAUGGAAGCCCUUAAUCUGAAACCGGCCCCUGCAAUAAUGGCGAAAAAUGCACCUCCGGGUUCAUUGGGGAGACAAUUUCCUGUUCAAACGAAUGCUUUUGGUGUGCAGCUGGAGAAACCCAUGGCUUUCUGGAGAUAUGACGUGCUUAUAUAUGCAGAAAUCAAGGCUGGGAGAAAGACAGUGUUUUUUACAAAGAAAGGGCGAGACGACUAUCUUAUAAUGAAUCGCAAUUACAAAUGCAAGCUGAUUUUUGAUGCUGUUGUAAGGACGAACCGUGAGUUCUUCGAUGACCCGAGCCAGCUUUGGUACGAUGGUCAGAGCAUAUUGUUCGCGGGGAAAGAUCUUUUUAAGGAUCGAGAAAAG